AUGACAGAAUAUAUCGGCGAAACUUCCAGAACUGGGAGCAGCGAGGAAAGUGGAACCUACGACGAAUGGAUCCCGUCAUUUUGCCAUCGUUUCGGACACGAAUAUUUCUGUCAGGUGCCCACAGAAUUCAUAGAGGAUGACUUCAAUAUGACGGGCCUUGCUCAAGAAGUCCCACAUUACCGCAAGGCACUCGAUCUGGUACUAGAUCUAGAAGCUAUGAGUGACGAGGAAGCACAAGACUCCGAGGAGCCCGUCAGUCGCAGCAUCAUCGAACACGCAGCGGAACAGCUGUAUGGGCUCGUCCAUGCGCGCUACAUCCUUACGAAACCGGGUCUUCAGGCCAUGGCGGAGAAAUUCGACCACAAAGAGUUUGGAAUCUGCCCCCGCUACUAUUGUGCAAGCAUGCAAAUGUUGCCAUGCGGACUCACUGACACUUUGGGCAAAACCACCGUGCGUCUGUACUGUCCCAGCUGUGGAGACCUGUACCUCCCGCAGUCUUCACGCCAUCUGUGCCUAGAAGGUGCAUUCUGGGGGACCUCGUUUCCGGGCGUUUUCCUCAAACAUUUCAAAGAGCUCGAGGACUACGUGGACCGCAAGACUAAAGAUACUUACCAACUCAAAGUUUUCGGCUUCAAAAUAUCCGACGAAGCUCCUUCCGGGUCUCGUAUGCGCUGGCUCAGACAGUACCCGAAGACAGAGGAGGAAUUGUCGGAAUUUGAGAAAUGCGAGUUCGCAAUCCCGCAGGUUCAGUAG